AGUCGAGAUGAAAGAUCAUCACACACCGAUGCGAGGCCUGAAAUUAACCAUACCUGGGUCUCUUCUUGGCUCUUCUCCUGUAUUAGAUUUUUUAGAUUUUCUUACCUCAGGUGUGACAUACCUUCAGCAGGAAAAGGAAAAAGGACCCUCAGCAUGUCUAUAGGGCUGGAGUUGAUUGGCAUUUCCCUCUGCAUUUUAGGAUGGCUUAUUGCCAUUGUGGCUUGUGCCCUCCCGAUGUGGAGGGUGACAGCCUUCAUUGGUAGCAACAUUGUGACGGCUCAGAUCAUCUGGGAGGGCCUGUGGAUGACUUGCGUGGUCCAGAGCACUGGACAGAUGCAGUGUAAGGUGUAUGACUCUAUGCUCGCCCUCUCCCAAGAUCUUCAAGCUGCCCGAGCUCUCACGGUCAUUUCCAUCCUGUUAGCAAUCUUGGCUUUGCUCAUUGCAAUUGCUGGGGCCAAGUGCACCAAUUGCAUUGAAGACGAGGCAUCCAAGGCCAAGGUGAUGAUCAUCUCUGGAGUCUUCUUCAUUGUAUCCGGUGUCAUGCAGCUCAUUCCUGUCUCCUGGUCUGCGAACACCAUAAUCAGGGAUUUCUACAAUCCGUUACUCACUGAUGCUCAGCGGAGGGAACUGGGAGCUGCAUUGUAUAUUGGCUGGGCAGCCGCUGCACUCCUGAUUCUGGGUGGUGGACUGCUCUGUUUCUCCUGUCCGCCUCGUGAGACACGAUACAACCCGUCACGAAUGGCUUAUUCUACCCCACGGUCUGUCGGUGCCCAAGGUUUAGAAAGGAAAGACUAUGUAUGAACCAAAAAGAAAAAAAAACGGUACUUAGUCUUGAACUCGCUCACCCCAUGAGAUUGUCUUUAGACAAAGAGCUCAUAAAAAAUGAGAACUGUUAAUGAAGGAUGCAUUUGAUUUUGCCUGUAAUAUUAAGUAUUUUUGUGAUGGGCUUUGUGCUUUUCAAGAGACUGAAAAAGACAUGUCUGUGCAUAUCUUAGUACUCCAUCUUUUUCUGGUUAAUAUUGUUCAUUUUAUUGUUACUGUUACAUUUUGUAUUUUAUAUGGUACCAGCUUCUUUACAUGUUUACAAAGGCAUAUUUUUUUCCACAAGCCACCACUGCCACAUUCAUGCUGAAGCAUCCCUCUGUAGAAAACUGAAAAAUUUGGUGUGUUGAAUAGCAUACAGAGCUGUCAAAAGGAUUAUGUCUUGUAAAUACUGUAGUAAUAAUAUCAAUAAUGACCUGUACCAGCCAAGACAAAUGAUAACAUGCAUUAAAUUGAGUUUCUAUUACAUUGUGGAAAGGGUCUGCUGAGAGACUGGAAGUUGCAGGACACACAGUGUCCACAGUGUGUACUGAGAAUAAAAGAACAUGGAUUCUGAGGCAACUUGUAACUGAGUUAAUCAUGCUGUAUUACAUACAACUGAUGGAUAUGUAUUAUUCAAUGGCCUUUUUUCUAAAUAAAAAUGACUUUUUAAGAUAUUA